AAGGAGAGAGAUAGAAAGAGAGAGGAUUGAAGAGCGCUUUUACCACUUUUAUAUGUUGCACGCAUCCAUACCAGCAAACACAAGCAAGACACACAGUACUACAAAACCACAAAACCAAAUUAAUCGAACCAAAACCAACCCGACCCAACCAAGAAGAUAAAAGAUGGUUCUAAAUUAAGUUUGUACAAUUUUUUUUUUACAAAAGAAGAAGUUAAGUUCUUUGUGUAUGCUCUAAAAUGGUUUUGUUCUUGACUUCUUUUUUUGCAUGCAUUUUUUAAAAUUUUCUUUGCCUUCUUAAAAUCUUUAAAUCAUGUUCCAUCAAGAUUUUCUUGUUUCUUGAAUAUUGGAAGCUGGGGUGUGUUGUUUUUUCUAAUUCUUGUUUUUGAUUUUUUUCAAUAGAUGAAGGCCAUGCCCCUACCCUUUGAGGAUUUUCAAGGGAAGGGGGUGUUAGAUUUUUCUUCUUCUUUUUCAUCUUCUUCACCAGAUUUGUUGUCUGAAAAACUUUUUCUAGAGCCACAAAAUCUUCUAACCUGGCAAAACAGCAAAACCAAGGAGAAUUUCUGCUAUGUGGGCAGUGAACCCACGUCUGUUCUUGACGCUAGAAGAAGUCCAAGCCCUCCUACAUCUUCGUCCACGCUGUCUUCUUCUCAAGGCGGUGCUGCUCGCUCCGGUGGCGGCGGAGGCGGAAGCAGAGGAGGUGCCUCUACUGAAACCACCACCAACUCAGCCGGAGUGGCAGCUGUAGAGAAUAGUGCUGAAAAAUGUGGGCAAAAACAACAGCUUGGGAUGGAGGAUUGGGAGGGAGUGUUGCCAACUGGGUCUCCUAACCAAGAGCAAGAACAGUCGAUUUUGAGGUUAAUUAUGGGUGACAUUGAAGAUCCAUCGUUGGGUUUGAACAAGCUGUUACACAGUGGAACCGGGUCGUCUCAUGAAAUGGAAUUCAAUGCGGGUUUUGGUGUUGUAGAUCAAGGGUUUGGGUUUGAACCUAUAAACUGUGUCAACUUGAUUAACUGCAUUGACCCAGCACCAACUUCUUCAGAGUUUCCACUUCUCAGCCACAAUGCUAGAAUCGGGUCGGUUUUGAACCAAACCCACAACCCAAAUCCGGGCAACAAUCUCUUCCCUGGUGUGUUUAACCACCACCCUCCACCGCCGGUACCGCCAAUUGAAGUUACAGAGGAAAAACCGCAGAUUUUCAACUCACAGGUUAUAAUUAACCAGAACCAAGCUCACUUCAACCAGAAUCCAGCCAUGUUCCUCCCGUUCUCUUACGCUCAGUUGCAGGAACACCAUCAGAAUCUUCUAUCUCCGCCGCCGCCGAAGCGGCUUAACUUAGGUCCGGUUGGAGGUAAUUUCCAGGUUCAAAAUCAGUUUCAAAUGCUUCAACAGAGACCGAAUAUGAUGAAGCAAAAAAUAAUGACGGAUGAAUUGGCGGCCCAACAGCUUGAGCAGGCGUUAAUAAACCCAAUAUGCCAAGCGGCAGAGCUGAUCGAAACUGGCAAUCCGGUACUCGCGCAAGGGAUAUUGGCGCGGCUCAAUCACCAGCUCUCUCUUUCGAUCGGUAAGCCUCAUAUUCGGGCUGCUUUUUACUUCAAAGAGGCUCUACAGUUACUCCUCCAUAUGACCACCACCACCCAACCAAACCCCUCUCCGUCACCUUGUAACUUAAUAUUCAAAAUUGGCGCUUUCAAAUCUUUCUCUGAAAUCUCACCAAUUCUGCAAUUCUCAAACUUUACUUGCAAUCAAGCCCUUCUCGAGUCAUGCGAUGGUUCGGACAGAAUUCACAUAUUUGACUUUGAUAUUGGAUUUGGUGGCCAAUGGGCUUCGUUUAUGCAAGAAUUAGCUUUGAGAAAUGGUAAUGUUCCUUCCUUGAAGAUCACAGCUUUUGGUUCUGCUGCUUCACAUGAUGAGAUUGAGCUUCGUUUUACUCAAGAAAAUCUUAAAAUGUUCGCUAGUGAAAUUAAUAUGCCGUUUGAGAUUGAAAUUUUAAGCCUUGAGUCUUUAAAUUCUGGUCCUUGGCCUUUGCCGAUUGUUAUGUCUGAGAAAGAAGUGGUUUGUGUGAAUCUUCCGAUUGCGCCGUUUUCGAAUUAUCCAUCGUAUCUGCCUCUGGUACUUCGAUUUGUUAAGCAGCUGUCUCCUAAAAUUGUGGUCUCUUUGGACCGGGGCUGCGACCGGACCGACCUCUCGUUGGCUCACCAUGUGAAUUAUGCGAUUCAAUCGUAUUCGGGUCUACUUGAAUCAUUAGAAGCUGUGAAUAUGAACAUUGAGGCUCUGCAGAAGAUUGAGAGGUUCUUAAUUCAGCCCGCUAUUGAGAAAAUCGUGGUCGGUCGUCACCACCACCCGGAACGAACCCCUCCGUGGAGAAGUUUGUUUUUGCAAUCGGGUUUCACUCCGUUCCAAUUUAGUAACUUUGCAGAGUCACAAGCUGAGUGUUUGGUGCAGCGAACUCCGGUUAGGGGUUUCCAUGUCGAAAAGAGGCAAUCUUCGUUAGUUCUCUGCUGGCAGCGCAAGGAACUCGUCUCGGCUUCAGCUUGGAGGUGUUGAGGAUCGAAUUCUAUAUAUCGAUAGUCGGUUCCAUGGUUCCGAGGCUCCUCACAACUUACUGGUUUAAUUUCUGAUCUUUUUGAAUUUUGCUGUCUUGUGAUUCUACUAUGCUAAUUUUCUGUGCCUUUUGGCUUAUUGUUUGAAGUCAAGAAACCCAACAUUUUAGUAACUUAAUUGAAUCACUCUGUAUGGUUCUUAUUUCCUGUCACUUUAGGUGUAACUGUUUUAUGGUUAUUUUCCUGUUAACGGUGGUGAUUGUCUCUUGUACAUUGACAACAAUGGGAGAACCAAGAUUUGGUAAUUAAAAUUGACAUUUCAAAAC